GGUCUCGUGGGCCGUGUGUGCACAAGAGAGAGUGAUCUUAAGGAAGGGGUGUGUUUAUGAGAAAUUGUGUGUGUGUGUGUGUGUGUGUGUGUGUGUGUGUGUGUGUGUGUGUGUGUGUGUGUGUGUGUGUGUGUGUGUGUGUGUGUGUGUGUUUACACAGACGGGAAUACUGCGCCAGAGGAAGUGCGCCGGUUCUCCGUGUGUGGGUCCCGACUUCCUGCUCACAGGCAGGGGAGAGAAGAGCUGCGGAUCCGCUUUCAGACGUCAGCGGCGGCAGCAGCAUGGAGCCCCGACACAACACACUCUCCUUGAUUUAAAUCACAAAUACACACACACGCACGGGCAGACGGACCGAGGAGCAGCGGCCGUCCACAUCAGGCAUUAGCUUCCACCAAAGCACCUGACUGGAAAACGAGAAGAAAAUCAAAGGCUACAGACAGGCAGACAGACGCUUGCAGACAGCCAGUGGUUUCCAGGUAAACACAUCGGUUAGACUUGCGCUUGUCUUGGCACAAGGUCACUGACCACAUCCUGCUUUAUCGCCAUGGGAACGUUUGAAAACCAGCCAGCUGGUUGGCCAUCUUCCUCUCUCGCUUUUCUCUGUCUUCAACUAGAGUCACACACUGAUGCAGUGACGUUCAUCCUCGCCUGUGUCCCUCCCUGAGCGUGACAUCAUUCCAGCGUCUCUGGCGUCAUCUGGUCAUGGAGAGCUCCGUCACACUCUGGCAGUUCCUGCUGCAGCUGCUGCUCGACCAGAGUCACAAACACCUCAUCUGCUGGACGUCCCAUGACGGCGAGUUCAAGCUCCUCAAGUCUGAGGAAGUGGCCAAACUGUGGGGGCUGCGCAAGAACAAGACCAACAUGAACUACGACAAGCUAAGCCGAGCCCUGCGCUACUACUAUGACAAAAACAUUAUCAAAAAGGUGAUCGGCCAGAAGUUUGUCUACAAGUUCGUUUCUUUCCCAGAGAUUUUGAAAAUGGAUCCAGUGAUGGUGGAGUCGGGCCGUAGCGCUGAGGAAAGCAGGGGUGCAACAUCAGAACCUGAGGCUGAAGAUGAGGAAGUGGGCGGGAGGAACCGAUACCUCCACUCUGGCCUGUACUCCUCCUUCGCCGUCAGCUCUCUACACUCCCUAGAACCACAGUGGCCCAUCAAGACGGAGCCCAGGUCGGACCGGCCCGAGGACAGUACCUCUGUUAUCCGAUUCAUAUCCAACCGCGGUCGCUCCCCCUUCCCCUCAACCCCUCCCCCGUCCUCAUCUGAGGCGACCGACCCCUCCAGGGCGUCUCCACAGCAGGGUUGCUCGAACUCCUGCUCCUCCUCUCCGCCUCAAAGCCCCACCCACGUACAACAGGCGGCACAGGGUCACCCUCUGGACGGUGAUGAGUUUGAGUGGAGCGCUCAACCCCUAAACCUAUCGUCAGGUCAGAGGGAGAGGGCACAGAGGACAACCACGCCAGAGAGGAGGGGAUUAGCCAGUGGCGCUCAUUCAAAGGGAAAGAAGCCUAAAGGCCUGGACAUCUCCUCCUCCCCCUCUUCUUCCUCCUCCCUCCUCCUGACAGGAAGUGACCUCGUCUCCAUUGCCCUUAACAGCCCGGCGCUGCCCUCAGGCUCCCUGACGCCUGCCUUCUUCAGCGCACAGACUCCAUCUGGUCUGCUGCUCGCUCACAGUCCUCUGCUGUCCAAUAUUCACUUCUGGUCCAACCUGAGUCCGGUGGGACCGCUCAGCCCUGCCCAGCUGCAGAGCCAUGCCCCCCUAUUCCAGUUCCCCACGCUGUUGAAUGGACCCAUCCCGGUGCCUUUGCCCAAAGCGGAUGCUCCGGCUCCCUUACUCUUGUCCCCCAGCUCCCAAAAGUCCUGAUGCCUGCCUGAAACCCAAACCUAGUGCAAAGAAAAAAAACUGAAUGGACUAAUUGUCUGGCCUCCAGAAAAAUCAAGACUGGGUGAAAUGCAAUGAUGAUGCGUCACUAAGUACGUCUGACGUCUGGCAGAAAUCUCAAAAGUUAUAUGAAAGUGAAUUCAUUUGGGCUUUAACAAGUUUCAUCAACAAGGAAACAUUCAUCAUCAACAAUCAGUGGAAAUACUGUACUGUGAUUUACUGGUGAUAACAGGCAGAGUUUUAAGCAAGACCUGGACUUGGCCACUGUUUCCUUUCCACUUCCUUCCUCCUGCAAAGCCUUACUUUAGUUUUACUGCACAUGCUUUUUUAAUAUAAUCAUAUGCUUCCUAUGUCUACCAUCACAAAAAUAUCCUUUUCUGUUUCUGGACAUCAUUUAGACUUGGUCUUGGACUUACUAUUAACUUGAAUGGAGAUUAAUGCAUAUAAACUUAUAUAUAAAGCUUAAUUUAGUUUAAAGAAACAGGAAACAGCCAUAAAAAGACAGAAUAAAGCCUGUUAGAUGAAAGUUGAUGAACUUAACACAAAAUUAAUUAUUAAUAAUUAAUUUUUAAUAAUUAAGUUUUUUAAGGCCAGCUAUUCAGCACAUAACCACAGGGUAUAGUUUCAUAUUUAAUGCACAGAUUUAGGGAUGGUGUCAAUCCAUUAAUCACUCACUCAUAAACCGCUUGGUCCUCGUAUGGGUUGCGGCCAACGUAACUGGAACUAAUGGUGCUACAUCUUUUACAGUUCGAUAACUAAGGCAGGUAGAUGAUUAGGCUGUAAGGUCCUUCUAAUAGACGAAAUCUCCACAUAGGACUUUAGGGUUCCUAAUACUUAGCUUUGUCAUUCAUCAGUCUCUAAUUUUGUUUUUUUCAAUGAAUAAGACACUGGAGGUCUUACCUGUUUUUCUUUUAAGAUUUGAUCAGAGCUAUACUCAACAUGUGGACACGAGAUGAAAACCUUCCCCGACUCCUAGCAGGAAACCUGCUAGCUAGUGCUAAAUGCCCUGGAGGUCCUUUUUUCUGUAUUUUAUAUUGCUUUAAUGAUUAUACUUGACGCUGUGAACUUUUUACCUUUUUUAAAAUUUUUGUUUGUUUAAAAUGAGGCUCCACUCAAAUAAGCUUCGUACCAUCUGUGCCUUAGAUAUUGUAAAUGUAUUAAGCUUUCCCACCGAGAUUGCACUAAAGUUCUUCAUAAGA